AUGCACCCGGAAGCUUUAGCGACCCUGGCAACCGAAGCUCGCACAGUGCCUGUCCUCGUCACGGCUGACAUCAAGGCCAUUGCUCCCCUUUCUCUGCCAUUGCAGGGUUGUUUACCACAAGGCACGGUGCAUCUGAACACAUCAACCAGAGGUCACGUCAAUAUCAGUCUCGGGUCACUGCACAAAAGUGUCGAUGCGGAAGCUUUUGAAAAAUACUCUGACACUGAAUCAGACAUGAGUGUACGAGUCGACUUUUCCAAGUAA